AUGGCUACCACCUUGAAACCCGCUGGGACAUCCACUCACUUAGAGCCCGGCGACACUAAAAUUGUGAAUUUGAUGCAGAUCAGUGGUCUCAAAACCAUCAAGCGGGGGAGCAGUAUUGCAACAGGAACCAUUGACCUGUCCCACACCAACGCAGUACUGCAAUGCACCAGGGAGGAAGGGUUCCGACACACUUCCGAGGAGGUGCUCGUUAAUAUAUAA